AUGGAUAGCAACAAGGAUGAAAGGGCCUAUGCUCAAUGGGUGAUCAUCAUCCUCCACAACGUCGGCUCGUCCCCUUUCAAGAUCGCGAACCUCGGCCUCUCCUGGGGAAAGCUCUACGCUGACGGCAAGCCGCUUCAUCAGUCCAAACGCAUAUGGUACUUACCAUUGUCUUUAACAGGUAACAAGGACAAAGAAGUCUAUCCCAGUGACUACAAUGGAAAGACGGUUGGGCCCGACGAGAAGAUACAAAUCAAUUCGUGCGGCCGGGAGAACGCCUCCUCUGGCACCGAGGGGUCCUUCGAUAUCGUCGACCCCAAUGAUGGCAAUAAGACCAUCCGUCACUUCUACUGGGAAUGCCCCUGGGGGAGCAAAAGAAAUACCUGGACUCCUAGCGGCUCGAAUACCAAGUGGAUGGUCGAGUGGAGCGGCCAGAACUUGGACAGCGGAGCACUCGGCACCAUCACCGUCGAUGUCCUGCGCAAGGGCAACUAA